GGGAAUGGCCCGCUCCUCGUAGUCUUCAUAGGAGUUUCGUGGAACGCUCUUGUUGCGUCUGCGCAGCGAUCCCUGUCGGCUGGACAUUGGUUCCACUCUCUUCUCUUCUAUAUUUAAGCGAUGUCGAGCAACAUGCUAGUUUAGUCGUCACUCAGCCGUUUGUUUUCUGUUACUGAAUCAGAUAGUAUUAUUGAAACGUUUGAAAUGCCGGAGGGUUACACGAAAGCCACUGCCUGGCUGCAAAUUCACAGCCUGCUGAAUAGCAUCAACCACAUGCUCAUCUUUCUGGUGGCCGUGUUCUUUUUCAUCCUGGCGCGCAGUCUGGAGUUCAAGGAUACCGCCAUGCAUAUGUUUAUGACUGGUACUGGAUUCCACGUCCUUAUCGCCCAGGCCAUGAUGUCACAUUCGAAAGUGAACCCGCUCACCCGUUGGCUGUCGCACCGAAACAAGUCGCGCCUCCACGCCAUUCUGCAGAUUGUGGGUGGCUCCAUGGUGCUGUUGGGCUCCCUGGGCAAAUUUUCCAGCAAGGAGGUGCACUUCAACACCUGGCACGGCCGAGUGGGUGGAGCUGCUUCAUUUUUCUGCGCGGCCAGCAUUGUGGGUGGUUUCGUCAACUACUUCCAGCCCAAGCUCGCCCUGAAAGUGAUGCCUCCAUCGGAGCUUCGCUUCCGCCAUAAUCUAUUUGGCUUGGUCACCUUUACUCUGGGAAUGGGUGCCAUUUACCUGGGCUAUUACUCGAAAUUCUUUACCAAGUAUGUGGACACUGACUUUAUUCCCGGCAUGAUGCUGAUCACCGGCAUUGUUUAUGGACUCACCAUUAUCGCGCCGGUGUCAUCGCUCCUAACUAAGCUUAAGUAUCGGUCCAAGAGGAAGGCGGAGCAGGUCCAGUAAGUGAUACUGGGGAGGAUGAGGCUGAGGCCACCGAGGCUAACCGAAAUUUGUCAGGUCCUAGCAUGAAAAUAAAUAGCUUGGCGUUUGGCCAAAUUGAAAUCUCUGGCCGCAACUCAAAUUGCACAUGCAGACGCAAAAAGAGUCGACAACCCGGCAGUCUGACAAUAUUAUAAUGAAAUAUUACAGUAA